AUGCCUAAAGAAAAAUUAAGCAACUACAUUAAGUUUUUUAACUAAAUAAACGAUCUAGAGUAGAAAGGGCUUAUUUCCUCUAAACAAAAACAUUUAUUGAAAGUGAAUCUGACCACUAAAGAUUAUCAAUUGAAUAACCUUGUAUGCUCCAUCUAUGAUGAGUAAGAUUACCAGACUGCCAUCCUUUAAUAUUUACAAACUCUAGAACCAUAACCAAACAUAAGAUAUUAAUCUUUUGAACUGAAUGGAAGCCACAUUAGAUAAAGAAGAAGAGGAAACUCCCUUUCAAGGGUUUCAUAAUUCAAUGAAACAAAUCUUAUUGAUCAGUUAGAUCAACUUAUGACACUCUGGCAAUCUGAUUCAUAAUUUCACUUAAGUCAUGAACUCAGUGAAAAACUCAGAAAAGUUGGAGAGUUUGUAACUAAAACCGCAACGUCAACGCCUAGCAAUUCGUAGAAAUAAGUAUCCAAAUUAUGUGAAUCUAAAUAAGGAAGCAAUAUAACCCAUUCUACUUAUGUUAUCGAAAAUCUUUAAUAACUUUAUAGGGAUAUGAAAUAACAUUUCAAUGACUAUUUGAGAUGCCAUCUACUUUUAAUGGAUGAUAAAUUAUCUACCCAAAAUUUAAAUAAUGUCUUAAGAACCUUUAUGAAAAGUUUGGUUGAUGCAGAUGAAAUAUCUUUUAUUAUUAACAACGAAAUUUAUCACUCAGAAACUGGAUAAUUUGAAGAAAUACAAUUAACAGACCAGUUGUAACUAGAAAUUUAAACAAUACUAGAGGGCAAUAUCAUUCAGAUUUCAGAUUCUUGUCCAGUAAUAAACUCCUUAUUUUAAACUCAUAAAUUCAGGGGCAACUAUUUCCUCAAAAUAUAAAAUUCCUCAUGUUUAUUUUGUUAUCAUUCCAAAGGAGAACAUAAGAUUAUUAUUGAAUCUUUCUUGUCCUUAUGCAAUGAAUACUAAUUUUUUGAGGAAGUCAACCAAUUAGCUUAUUUUUUACUUGAAACUACAAAAUAAGCUAGAGUCUAAUGUUUUAAUCUUUUACAACUAUCUCAUAUGAUUUAAGAUAUAGGAAUAGCUUUCAUCAGAUGUUCUAAAUACUUCUUCAUUCAUAAUUCAAUCUCUAUUUUGAGUGAAAGAUAUAAAGUGUGUAAAGACAACUCAUCUUUUCUAAGCAUCCAUCCAUAUGUAGAAUUUGAUUUUAGAGAUUCCCUAAACUUGAGCAUUUAUAUAUGCUUUGAUUUAAAUAGAAAAGAAGACAUGAAUGUGUACAAACAACUUAAUUUGAGUUUCAACAAAUAUUUAAAAUUUAUCAAGUAGUGCUAUGAUCGAACUACGUUUUACAAAUUUUUUGUGAAAUCAUAAGAUUCAGUUAUAUUCGAGUUUGAUAAACAAGGAUAAAUUACUUUCGUGUCAUAACCAAUAACUAGUAAAUUGGCGGAGGAGUUCAAUAUCAAUUUUAACCCUUAAUUUCAUAAUGCUUCAUACACGAGUAUAUUUAAGAAUAAAAAUUUGAUCCAGCAUAUAGAAAAUCAAUUGCAAGAUUAAAAUAAAUGGAAAAUAACAGAUAGUAAUGCUUCAUAUGAAGUGUUUAUGAAAAUGGAAGAGAAAUAUUUCAAAGGGUUUUAUGUGAUAUUCCAGUAGGGUUGGUUUAGAUAUAAUCAAAAAUCAUUAGAUGCAAACUAAUGGCAAAAACUUAGAAAGAGUUUUCUUUAAUAAGAAACUAAACAAUAUUUGGAUAAAUUAGAAUAAAAACACCCGUAACUAAAAAAUUCAGUGGUGUAAAUGUUUAAGCCUAAAGCAACGUAAAAAUAGUCACAAUUUAAAAAUUACAGUCCAAGUUUCAGUCCUAGACAUUUAGAUUAAAGAAAUUCACUUUAGGAAAGUGAGAGUUUUCGUUUGAUUCCAAAAACUAAAGGGAUUAAUCAUUUUUUUCCAGACAUGAUCACUGAGACUUGUAUUGAGAAUAUAGAUAAUCUAGAUUUUAAUAUAUUGCCAUACAGCACAGAUUGGUUAGAGAAACAGAAAGUAGUUUUUUCAAUAUUGAGAAGAAAUAAUUUCAUUGAAGAUUAUAGGAUAAGCUAGGAUGCAUUGUGUAGUUUUUUGUGUGCAUUGGAAUACAAAUAUAAUAAGAGAGGCAAUUAAUUUCAUAAUUAUGAUCAUGGAGUAACAGUUAUGCAAUGUACACAUGCUAUCAGUUUGGAAAUAAUGAAAACCUAAUAUGCUCAUUUACUGAAUUAAUUCACUAAAUUUGUAUUGAUUCUAUCUGGAUUGUGUCAUGAUGUAUCUCAUACAGGAAGAACAAACAUUUUUGAGAUCAACAGUUUGUCAAAUUUGACUAUUAGAUAUCACGAUAGAAGUGUGUUGGAGUAACAUCACGCAGCUACUUCAAUCAAAUUGUUAUGUGCUCCUUCAACAAAUAUUAUUCCUAAUUUUACAUCAGUUGAAUUCAGAGAUUUUCGCAAACUCUUUAUUUCCAAUAUUCUAUACACAGAUAUAACUGAGCAUUUUAAUUUAAUCAAAAACUUUGAAGCCAGAAUCAAAGAACUAAACUUUGGAACUGAAGAUGACAUCAAAUUAAUGACAGGUAUGAUUAUUCAUACAUCUGACUUCACUGGAGGAGCCAAACCAUUUAAUUUGAGUAGGGAAUGGAGCACAAGAGUGAAUAUGGAAUUCUAGGAACAAUAUAAUUUGGAAGGUAAAUUUGGAUAUCCUCAAUUGCCAUACAUGAAAGAUUUAGAUUAAUAACCAAUUAUGGCCAAGUCUGAAGUCGGAUUUUUUAAAUUCAUUGUACGACCACUUUGGUCUAUCAUGUCAAAGUUUGCUGAAGACAGGUUGCAAAAAAGUGUUGAAAAUCUUGAAUAAACUAUUUUAGAAUGGGAGAAAUUGAUGAAUAAUUGA